UUCCCCUGUAUCGGCAGGCGGACUCUCAACCACUGCGCCACCAGGGAAGCCCACAAAGCCAAUUCUUGAGAGACAAGUGUUGGUAGGAAAGGAAAGGUUGCUUCAGAGGCUGGCAACCGGGGAGAGGGUGGAGUCCUGUCCGAGAACUCCCGAUUGCUGUUCAGGGGACAGGGGCUUUUAAAAGGGAGUUUCAGGGUUAUAUAGGCGGAGGGAGGGAGCAGAACAGCAUAGUCAGUUCUGACAGUCAGCUUGAAACCAGUAAUGUGGUCUGAUCAGCGUCAUCUUGGUCGUUUUAAGUACGGUUAAUCUUUAGUUCCAGGGUUUGUUCCCAUUUCUUUGAGGCCAGUUCUAGGAAUUGUGUGAAGUGGAGCAGCUUAUGUCAUGGCUUCAAUUUGGCCAUCAUGUAGUCAUCCUCCUCCACCUGGUGGGGGCUUCAGUAGCUGCAAAACAGCUCACAGGAUACAGCUCAGAAUGUUAUCUAUAGAACUUAAGGACGAACUAAAGGUCCUUGACUAUGCUUAAGGACUAAACUAUUAUUAUCUGGUCUCCUUUGUUUUCCUCUAUUUCUGCAUUUUUUCACUUCUGAUUAAACUUAUUCUUUGGCUAAAGUUUUUCCACAGAGAAAAGGCAGGCUGAGGACAUGGGGGGCAAGGACCAUAGGGUCCUGCUCCGUUUCAAAAGGACCCGCGUGGGGGACACAGGGAGCCGACACUUGCGUUCCUGGGGGCCCUUGGUGUGUGUGGGGGAACUGCACCCCUCCGUCAAGUGCAGGGGCAUCUGGAGGUGCUUCUGCCCCGACAGCCCCCCACACAGGCGCUCCGGCACCUCUGAGCUCCUAAGGGCCCUAGAGGAGCUCCUCAACGCAUCCGCAACCUUCCAUGACCGCUUCCAUCACGAUGCGGAUCGCCACCUGCCUGAGACAAGAGGCUUGAAGCUCCCGGCCUAAGCACCAGCAGAAGAACUUGCUUGAAGCAAGCCCAGGGAGCUCAGUGACAGCCCCGCCCCUCACCCUCCUCGGCCCGCCCCUUCCGCCCCCUGGGGCGGGGCUAAGAGCGGCUUGCCCCGGAAGUCCGGAACUGAGCCGGAAAUUAAGCGCCGCUGGGCGCUGCUCCUCCCUCCUUCGGCGCGCGACAGCGUCCUGGUUUUCCGCGCCCCAAUUUGGAUGUUCACUCCCAACUCUUACGAGGUACUGUGUCCCCACCCCAUUUCCCCAGCCCAAUUUCAGCUGCAAAUUACUGCAGAACCUGAACCGAGGAAAGGAACCUAUUUCCCGCUCCGGUCUGCCCCUCUCCGGACCCGGCGAGGCCCAGGUGAGGUUCUCGCCCGCUUUUCAGCCUCACCUUCCACACUCCCCUGCCCGUCCCCCGGGGUUCCUCCGCCGCCCGACCAUGGCCCAGAAGCCGAAGGUAGACCCCCAUGUCGGCCGGCUGGGAUACCUGCAGGCGCUGGUCACGGAAUUCCAGGCGACCGAGAGCCAAGACGCCAAGGAGCAAGUACUGGCCAACCUCGCCAACUUCGCCUAUGACCCCAGUAACUACCAGUAUCUGCGGCAGCUGCAGGUCCUGGACUUAUUCCUCGAUUCACUGUCGGAGGAGAAUGAGACCCUGGUGGAGUUUGCUAUUGGAGGCCUCUGCAACCUGUGCUCAGACAGGGCCAACAAGGAGCACAUCCUGCAGACUGGGGGUGUCCCACUCAUCAUUGACUGCCUGUCCAGUCCCAACGAGGAGACCGUGCUGUCCGCCGUGACCACGAUCAUGUACCUGAGCUCGCCGGGCUCCAGCUCGCACCCCGAGCUGACCGCCACGCCCGUGGUCCAGUGCAUGGUGCGCUUCUCCCUCUCGGCCAACGCGAGGCUCCGGAACCUGGCCCAGAUCUUCCUGGAAGACUUCUGCUCCCCCAGCCAGGUGGCCGAAGCCCGCAGCCGGCGGGCUCACUCUGCCCUGGGGAUCCCACUACCAAGGGCUGAGGCCCCACAGCAGCCCUGAUCCAAGGCACCCUCAGGCCGCGGCACCGGCACUGCCAGAGACAAGACCAGAAUCCCGGUGGGGACUCAGGAAGUGGGAGCAGCAAAGCUCCCACUGUGCACGUUCUCCCCAAGUGGUGCUUUGUCAACCCCUUUAAAGGCGAGUUUUCUCAGUGGGACAGGUGUUUACACUGUGAUGAAAGGCACCAGGAGAUGAGUGAGGAAGCCAGACUUUGAGACACGUGGAGAAGGAAAUUGAAGGGUGCCGUUUUGACAGGCUGACGCUCUCAACCAGCUAGAGGCGAAGGUCCUGCCUCCUGGCCCACCCCGCCACCGAGCUGUCACCCUCGUGUGAGAAGCAGCAGGUCCCUAGACCCAGAGGCUCUGCAGAUGGGGUUUCUCCUGAGGAACAGCUGGGCCUGGGGCUUAGGAGAGUUGCCUGAGCUUGAGGAAACAGGCAUCAUACCUUAACAGAAGUGUCAGGAGUAAUUCUGAGAAAUAGAAAUGAGAAGCCUUGUUGUUAAAAGUAUUUCGGGGCCCUGGGAAGCUGGGGAAGUGUUGUGUCCACUGCUGUGGAGGCCGGAUACCUGUCCUGCAAGCUCUCCAGGCUGGGUGUUGGGCAUGGUGAAUGCUGGCCUGGAGAACUCUGUGGCCCAGGAUUAACUGUUUAUCUACACAGGCCUAUCAGCCGGGGACCAUGUUAGGGCUUCAAAGACGAAGACGUGGUUCCUGAUCUUGAGUGUCACAGCCCAGUGACUGUUAACAUGGCCAUCAGGCAUUAAGACGGAGGCCAUGAGGGUGACACAUUAGAAUACAGGCACAAACUCCACGAGCUGUUGUCUUUUCCCUUCACCACCCCAUGGUACUUGCCUGGAAGCCCUGGCCUGCCUUCUCUGCCAUCAGGGUUAGUGAGGUGGUGGUGGUGGGGUCCCUGUCCCUGGAAAUCUGUCUCAGGCUGGCUUCAGGGAUGCAAGUAAGAGAGGUGCUCGAGGGAGAUGGGACCAGAUACUGACAGCAAGCGAAU